AUGCCAGCCACGUCUCUUCCAGUGUACUUCCUCUGUCUUCUCGCCUUGUCUUCAGCAUGCUACAUCCAGAAUUGCCCCCGGGGAGGAAAGAGAGCCUUCCCAGACACAGAAAUCAGACAGUGCAUCCCCUGCGGUCCUGGAAACAAAGGGAAUUGCUUUGGCCCCAACAUCUGCUGCGGAGAGGAGCUGGGCUGUUACUUUGGCACUUCUGAAACUCUGCGUUGCCUGGAGGAAAAUUACCUGCCUUCGCCUUGUGAGACGGGAGGAAAACCUUGCAGUGCAGGCGGGAGAUGUGCAGCCUCCGGAAUAUGCUGCAAUGAUGAGAGCUGCACCACGGACACUGCAUGCGUUGAUGACAAUGGCGACAGAGGCCGGAUGUCCUCCGAAAGGAACCUGACGGUGCUGAACGGCUCAGCCGGGGACCUCCUUCUGAAACUGAUGCACAUGGCAAACAGGCAGCAACAGGCGAAGCAGCAGUUUUACUGA